ACCAUCUCCUGUGGAAUAGCUGCCCUCAUGCUGUCCCGCUACCUCGUCCCCGCCGCCCUCAAAUGGGUGGUUUUCGCCCUGAGCACCAGCAGCAGCCUGGCCUGCCUGUCCUGCCUGCUGGGGCUGGCCGUAAAAACGCUGGGCAGCCAGGGCCGGGUGCUGCUGGCCCCCUGCACCGUCACCAACGUCACCCUCACCCCGGUCUCUCACGAGUGCCCCUUUGAUCCCACCCGUGUCUACAGCUCCACGCUGUCCCUCUGGGCCAUCUCCCUCCUACUCGACUUGAUGGAGAUCGUCUUUGGCAUCCGCUGCCUCCUGCUCACCAUCGACCUCCUCCGCCUCCGUU